AUGAAUGGGCCCCUUCCUUGCCACAGCUCCACCUUCCGCAGCAAGAACGUCGCUCUCCUGCUGCUUCUCUCUCUCUCACUGGAGCAGACGUUUGCAUCGCUACACAAGAAAGUCAAACAGAAAUUGGGAGUGUGCCCCAGAGAGAGGGCCAUCUGUAAGACUAAGGGCCCAAACAUGUGCAAAGACGAUUUCUCCUGUAUUGAAUUCCUGAAGUGCUGCUCUUUCGGCUGUGGGAAGAAGUGCAUGGAUCCGUACCAAGAACCCUGCAUGGCAUCCUUAGAUCCAGGACACUGUGGGGAACUGAGGAACCGCUGGUAUUAUGACUUAAAAAUUAAUUUAUGCAAACCCUUUAAGUAUGGAGGUUGCGCUGGGAAUGCCAACAAUUUCCUCAGCAAGGAAGACUGCAAGAAGGCUUGCUCACUAACUGACGAUAGAGGACAAUGUCCACUCUUCCCUUCCAAGAGUCGUAUGGAAUGCUUGUCUUCAUGUCUGAGUGACCAUGAUUGCCCUGACGGGGAAAAAUGUUGUGAUUCCAUGUGUGGCUUUGUUUGUACUAAAGCCUGGACAGGUUCCCAAGAGUCCCCAAAUUUGUCUCAAACUAUGAUCAAGUAUUUCAAGGUCAAGUGUCUUGUUUUAUCCCAUAAAGUCAAAACAGGUUCCUGCCCACAAAAGCCCCAGACCUGUCCAAAGAUUGGUAAACCCAGGUGCACGGAUGAUCACGACUGCCAGUUGGGAGAGAAGUGCUGCUCACUUUGUGGACUGAAGUGCGUGGAACCUGAAAACUAG